AUACAUAAAUAUAUAAUGGCCUCAGCUAGAUAUACAAAGAGAUUGCAAAAGGAGUUAUUAGAUCUUCAGACAAAUCCUCCAGGCGGAAUAAGCGUAGAGGAAGCAAACAACUUUGAACGAUGGGUCAUCAAUAUACUUGGUUCACCAGGUACUAUCUAUAGUGGCGAGGUCUUUAGACUACAGUUUAGAUUCAACUCUAGCUAUCCACUCGAGUCACCAGAGGUCGUGUUCAUAGGUUUGGCACCAGUACAUCCUCAUAUAUAUAGCAAUGGUCACAUAUGUUUAUCAAUUCGUAUGUUUAAGUUGUUCCCCUUUCAACAAAGAAUCUUCGUGUCCACAUGUGUACUAACACCCAAUCAUUCGAUUCGAAUACAUAUACCAGUGUAUGAUAGCUGGAGUCCAGCUCUGACAGUUUCAUCAGUUUGUUUAAGUAUACUUAGUAUGCUAAGCAGUUGCACAGAGAAGACUCGUCCUCAUGACGAUGCUGGCUACGUUUCGAAAACAAUAGGAAAGAGUCCAAAGAACACAAGGUAUCUAUCAGCCGGUCAUGAAUGUCAACCAAAGAUCCUCAAC